AUGACGAAAACAGUAUUGAUUAUCGGUGGAACAGGCGCCCAGGGCAUACCCGUGGUCAAAGGUACGCUGGAUGUGGAGGGAAUCUCGAAGCAGCUACUAAUUUAUACACAAGCCCUGGCCACUGAUUCCAAAUUCAAAAUUCGAGUCCUUACGAGAAGUGCCUCUUCCAAAGAUGCCAAGGAUCUAGCAAGUCUACCCGGCGUAUCAAUCUUCGAAGGAGAAGCCUACGACGAAGCCACCCUCCGCCAAGCCUUCAAAGACAUAGACCUCGUUUUCGCCAACACAAAUGGCUUCGCUAUUGGCGAAAAAUCAGAGAUUUACUGGGGAAUUAGGCUCUACGAGCUAGCCCGAGAACACAAAGUCGCGCACUUCGUCUACGCAGGUCUGGGAUAUGCUUCCAAGCUUGGCAACUUUGAUCCUAAGUACAGAUGCGGCCACUUGGAUGGAAAGGGAAAGGUUGUGGAUUAUAUCUUCGCGCAGUCGACAUCAAAAAUGGCAUGGUCUGUUUUGACAUCUUGCAUGUAUCUGGACUCCCUGUCGGAGUUCCUGCGGCCGUUCCCCGACCCUAAGGAUCCGGAUACGAUGGUUUUUACAGCGCCUCUUGGAAAUGGAAAAUGCCCUCUUAUUUAUCUGGAGGACUAUGGGCGGUAUGCAAGAUGGAUCUUUGAUAACCCUGCGCAGAGCAACGGACGGGAGCUAAAUGUUGCGACUGAGGAUCUUGCUUGGAACGAUCUCGCAGCUGCAUUUUCGGAUGUCACUGGUAAAAAGGCAGUCUACAGGGACGUGACUUUGGAUGAGUAUUUCAAGCUUGGCAUCCUGGAUCCGAAUGCGAUUGUAGGUCAUUCAAGUGACCCCAAUGACACGACUUUACAGACUUAUCGGGAGAACUUUUCAGGGUUCUGGAAUACGUGGAAGGAUAAUUUGACCAAAAGGGACUAUGAGCUGUUGGAUACAAUUUUGCCGACAAGAGUGAAAUCUGUCAAAGAGUGGAUGGAAAUGACCGGGUAUAGUGGAAAGCCUUCGUCAUUGCUGAAGGACUAUCGCGACAGAGCUGCCAAAAAGUAG